AUGGCAUUAGUGCGAAGAUUUGGAUCGCCCGAAUUUUUUAUCACCGUUACCUGCAAUCCGCAGUGGCCAGAACUCCUGUCAGCGAUACGCAAUGAAUUCAACGCCGCAAUUCCGGAAAGCCUGUUGGCUCUAACCCGUCCAGACAUCGUUGCAAGAGUCGCACGUCUCAAGUUCCGCCAAAUCGUCGAAGACAUCAUGACGCAUCAAAUCUUUGGAAGAGCAUCCGCGUACGUCUUCACCAUCGAGUUCCAAAAGCGAGGUUUACCGCACAUGCACCUAUUAGUGAUUAUGUCGCCAGCGGACAAGAUUCACAGCGCUGACCAACUUGACGAUUUGAUCUCGGCGGAAAUUCCAGAAGAUGAUCCGGAACUCAAGGAACUGAUCUCGAAAUGGAUGAUCCAUAACCCGUGUGGUGAUAUGAACCCAAGCGCUCCGUGCAUGGUCAGCAAACAUGGAAGAGACCAGUGCAGAUGGGGAUUUCCAAUGGAACAUCAAGACAUGACAUCGCUGGUGGACGAUGAAAAGCCGAGGUAUCGCCGACGCUACAAUCCGUUGUUGGAUCCAAUGAACCCAGAAUUCUCGCAUGAGCAAGCCAUCUACAGGAAAGACUGCAACGGCCAGCGCGUCACCACAGACAACCGCCACGUCGUCCCGUACAACGCCUACCUGCUCAAGUAG